AUGCAGUCUGAGUCCAAGAAGUAUGAAGAAGAGACACCUUCUCUGCAUUGGGGGAUGGAUCCUGUAUUUUCUGCAUUUGCAAGACUCUAUAUUAAAGAUAUAAAAGAAAUGAGAGAAUCUAAACAAGUGCCAGGUAUAUUCUUUUAUAAUGGACAUCCAGUAAGACAGGUGGAUGUUGUCGGGAUGGUGGUUCAAACGAAGGAGCGAGAAGCCUUUUAUAAUUAUGGAGUGGAUGAUAGUACAGGAGUUAUAAAUUGUGUCUGCUGGAAAAAUCCCAUGGUAGCAGAGACAUCUUUAUCAGGUCAUCUAAGCACACCCAGCAGUCUCACUGUGCUUAAACAGAUGAAGAAACUCCAAGAAAUGGUGGGCCAGAAAACCAAGCUGGAGAUCGGGGAUGUUGUCAGGGUCAGAGGUCACAUCCGAACCUACAGGCAACAGAGAGAGAUUCAGGCUUCAUGUUUCUAUAAAGUGGAUGAUCCUGUGUGUGAUGUUCAGAUUUCAAGAAUGCUGGAGCUCCCCUGUCUCUAUAGAGAAGUUUACGAUAAACCUUUCCAAGGCUUCAAGGAGGGGCAGAGUGGCCUGGAAGGUCAGAAUUUCUCAGUCGAUAUACUACAGGAGAAAGUGAAAGGAUUUCUAUUAGAAAACAAAAUUCAGACCUUUUACCAGCAGGAGCUGGAAACAAUUGAUACUCUAGUGUCCCUGGCUGGUGGGCAUCUACCCAGUCCCAGCUGUCAGGAGGUGAAGGCAAAAAGUGACUCCAGUUCCAAAAGGAUUCACAGUGUUUUUAAGGAAGCAAUAAGAAUGCUACAAGAAAAAGGGGUGGUUUUCCAGAAACCUAGUAGCUCCAAGGACUUAUACCAUGUGACUGACCAUGAUAAGGAGCUGCUUAAAGUGACCCUCGAUGUGAUUAAAGAAGACUGUCGAAAACCCAGGCAUGCUGAAAAAGGCUGCCAUUUUCUUCAUGUCCUGAGCUGUGUUCGGCAGAGCUACAACCCCUCUCUGGCUGAAGUGGUGAUGCACCGUGUCUUGGAACUGCUGGAGAUUAACAGUGACGUUGUCAGCACUAUGGAAGGAUAUUAUAUGGCAUUCUAA